CCAAGAAAUAGAAUUGAUAAAACCAAGAUAUCAAAGACCUGGGACAAGAUCAAUACUAAUUCUUUGCUCUUAAAAUACAAGACAACCCAGGUAGUUUUUUUAUCAGAAUCAUGGCAGAGGAUUCAAAGAAGCUCCCUGAUCUUCUUAAAGAAUCAUCAUCAUCUCCAUUACCCAUUCUUGAUUGGAGUAACCCACCAGCUGGGAAAAUGUCAUGGCCAGAGUUGGUAGGUAUGACAGCAGAGGAAGCAGAAAAGAAGAUAAAGGAGGAGAAACCAGAGCUGAAGAUACAUAUAAUUCCACCAAAUUCUAUGGUAACUAUGGAUUACCGUUUAGAACGGGUCCGUAUUUUUGUGGAUGCAUCUGGAAAAGUUGCCCAAGAGCCUCAACUUGGCUAAUCAUCUUUCCAAAAAUCACUUGUGAACAAUGAGAAUCAAAUGCCUUUUGUACUACGUCUAUCCAAUCUGGUUUCUCCUUCGCUUACGAAUAAAGGUAGGCAAAUAAACUAUCAUGUCAAAUUUGUCAAUAGGUUCUUGUUUAUAAAGUAAACCAUUCCUGGCAGAUCCAUGAUUUAAAUUUUAUGGUUUUAAUAUUUAAGGUUUUUAAUAUUGAGUUCAUUAUAUUUUUAAA